GAAGUUCUCUCAGCUCAUAAUCAAGCAACAUUGCGCUGCCAGCGCCAGUCUUACAUAGCAGUGAGCUCUUAAUUCGAGGUCCCAUUCGCUUACAAGCUUUGAAAUCGCCGGCCACAACAUAACGAGUCGAGAAUAACCUCCCUACUGCCGAAUUUAGGACCUUGCUUCUAUUAUCGUCGCCUACGAUGGCUGACUUUGAUCGCCGAAACAAUGGCCACCGCGGUGGAGGGCGCAAACGGAGAUAUAGGGACGACGAAGACUUUGAUCGCCGUUCGCAGAGGCGCCGGUACGAAGAACCCCUCAAUGCGAAAGUACGAAGGCAACUAUUGUUAAUUGCGGAAUCGGCUGCUCGCAAAAUUGAAGAUGACGCUAUAAACAUUGCGAAGAUUGUCUCCGAGAACAACGAAGACGACGAAAUUCGAGAUGCCUUUUUUGAAACCAUUAUUCAGCUAACCCUUGAACAACCGUUUAAAAUUCCUUUUGUGGCUGCAGUCAUUUUGGCCGUGAAUGCUCAGAAGCCCGAAGUCGUUCUCGAAAUGUUGAAAAAAAUUGGAUCGACUGUGAAUGAGGCUCUGAAUUCUGGUAUAUGGCGUGAUGUCAAACUCCUACUGCGUCUUCUGGGCUGUCUGCAAGGUAUUCUGGAAGGUGACGGGGUGUUUACGAUAUUGGAAGAAUUGUUUUCUCGAGCAGUCGAUCUGCAGACAGCAUCUUCAGAGGACUCCAUAGGUCUCGAAAUCGUCAAGAUCAUUCUACUCACAAUUCCCUACAUCAUGACUUCUUCCGCCUCUGGUUUUGAAAGUCAAGCAAUGGCCCUACUCGAGAAGACCGAGAUUAUCGCUUCCACUCCACAUGCCUUGGAAGCACUUGUCAAUUAUUUCGCACUUAACCAAGACGAGUGUGAACCGGUGCAAAGCUUCAUUGGAUUAUUACAAACCCAGUUACAGAAAGAAAUAGGCCAAGGUUGGGAAUUCAGGUGCCUUCCUCGCCCUUGGAAGGCGUUCAGUCAAGAAGGCGAGUAUGCAAUUUCUCUAGAAAAUGGCGUAAAGCACCCGUUACCUGCAAUUACCGUGCCGAAUCCAGCCAAGAAUGGACCGCGAGCUAUAUAUCCUGAAGUCUACCUCUCCGUCUACUACAACCAAGAAAUAGAAACUGUUCCAGGAACUGAUGAUAUGACAUCGUCAUUGCUACGGGAUGCUCUUGUCGAUACCAUCAACAUUCUUGACUUUAACCGGAUGGCGGCAGCAAAAUUCCUUAUCGAUGUUGAUUGCUAUUUCGCACCUGAACUGUUCGUGAAACGCGCGACGCCCUUCGACAAACUACGUGAUCUACCGGCUGACCGGCCUACCUGGAAACCCGAAGACGUGGCUGUUGACGCUGUCUUUUCGCAACUUUUCCAACUACCCAAUCCUGAGCAUAAACUCGUCUAUUAUCAUUCAGUUCUCACGGAGUGCUGCAAGCUGGCACCUGCUGCUAUUGCUCCCAGUCUUGGACGUGCCAUUCGAUUUUUAUAUCGGAAUUUAGAACAUUUUGAUGUUGAUCUGUCUCAUCGGUUUUUGGAUUGGUUCUCUCACCAUCUAAGCAAUUUCGGUUUCACUUGGAAAUGGACUGAAUGGAUUGAGGAUUUACAACUACCUCCCAUACAUCCAAAGAUGGCCUUCAUUACAGGCGCACUCGAUAAGGAGAUCCGUCUCAGCUUUGCUCAACGCAUCAAAGGAACUCUUCCUGAUCCGUAUCAGGGCUUGAUUGCGGAAGACAAGGAGAAGGACAUGCCGGAUUUCAAAUACGCUUCUGACACCACACCGUAUGCCAAACAAGGUUCGGAAUUGAUGCAACUUGUCCGCAAAAAGGCAUCGGACGAAGAAAUCGAGCCUAUAAUCGCCGAGAUCGAGCAACAAGCCAAGGAGCACGGUCUUGAGGACCCCAUGAUUCCUUCAACCGACGCCUUCGUGACUUCCGUCUGCUAUGUCGGGUCGAAAUCUCUCUCGCACGUGCUAUCAUGCAUUGAGAGGAACAAGGAACGACUUCUCGCCAUUGGACCUCGCUCUGCCUCUGCUCGACGACAGAUCCUCACCUCCGUCAUUGAGUACUGGGCCGAGCAACCUGGCAUCGCCAUCAACAUCAUCGACAAGCUCCUAAACUACACAAUCCUGACCCCACUCUCUGUAAUUGAAUGGGCCCUUCUCGACCGCAUUAAUGCCGGCAAGAUCCUCGCCCAAACACAUAUCUACGAGAUGGUCUCUGCAACAGUCGGCAAGGUGACCAACCGCAUACGCCAAAUCGUCGCUGCCCGUACCCAACCUGGUCUCUACGAGCCUCAGCUCAGCGUUCUAGACGAAACCCUCAACCGCGAACGAAUUGAUAUGCAGUCCCUCUUCACUCUGAUCAAAGACUGUCUCGUACCGGUCGCUCGCGGCAACAACGACGAACUCAUGGAACGCGGCGACGACCCGAGUACACAGGAAGAAAACGAGAUCAUCCGCCAAUGGGCGCAACGAUGGCUUAGGGUAUUCCAACGGAAAGCUGACGUCGAGGCAGCCUUCAUCACAGACGCCAUGGCCACUGCUACACCAUUGGGUACCGUAGCACCACCGGCUCCAGCACCAACUGAAAUCGAAGUUGACCGGGACGGCGCUGAUGCGGCACCGGUGGUAGUAGAGGCAAAUGUGGAUUUGGAUCUUGCGGAUAUCUCGUGAGAUACAACCGAUCCUGGAAAAAUAAUAUAUAUGUUGUUGUUCACUUCCUAUAGUUUUGAUGCUUUUUGCUCAAAUCUUUUUCUGUUUUCUCAUUGAUUCAGCAAUAGUUUUAUUGUAUUAAUAAUUGCGAGUCUAUUCCAAGUCAGAAUUUUGGCAUAUGUGAAUUAUUUGGAUCUGAAAAUGAAAAAGGAGAAGUUUUAUCAUCUUUAUUGGUCUAUUCAUCGAUGAGAAAAUUCGACAGAUGGGGUUCUUCUCAGUG